AUGGCAGCACGUGGAGGUGUCAAUGCAAAGGGUGAAAAUGUACCACAGCCUGUCAAAGUACAACGGUACUGGCCGGGAAAGGCUCCAAAAGGAGUAACGGAGUACUCGUCUUCUGAGGAAGAAGAAGAAGAACAUUUUGAAAGACAAAAGGAGAUAGAUCUAGUGACUUCCAUUCAAAAAAUCGAGAUAACUGAACAGGAAGCUGCUACAGAUCGUAGAUUGAGGAGAUUAAAAGAAGCAAAAGAGACAGCGAGCUCGCAAAUACUAGAUAGACGUAGGAGGCAUUUAGAAGACGACGAAAAUGAAGACUUACAAAAGGAUCAAAUACAUGUAGCCGAGGAUUUGCAAGAAGACGAAUUAGACGAUGAAGCCGAAAUUCGGCGUCGACAACUUAAAAGGUCUCGUGAAAGUGAUAGCGAGGAGACUUCAGAAUAUGAAACAGAUUCCGAAGAGGAAGAACAAUCAUCAAGAAAAUUAUUGAAGCCCGUAUUCAUACCAAAAGCGCAUAGAGAAACGGUGUUGGAAAGAGAAAGAAUGGCGAAAUUAGAAGAAGAAGCCGAACUCAAAAGAAUACAAGAACUUGAGGAAAGGAAAAAAGAAUCACAUGCGAUGGUUGCAGAAGUAGUUCAAAAAGCGUUGCAAAAAGAGGUGAAUGAGGAUACUGGAUUGCAAGAAAUUGAUGAUACUGAUGGCCUAGAUGAACAGGCAGAAUAUGAUGAAUGGAAAUUGCGUGAAUUAAGAAGAAUUAAGAGAGACAAAGAAGAAAGUGCAGCGAGGGAAAAAGAACGUGAAGAGAUUGAGCGCAGACGUAAUAUGUCUGAAGAACAUCGUAUGAAAGAAGAUAUGGAACGUAUCAAAAAACAGCGUGAAGAAAAACCCAAAAGUCAAUACAAAUUUCUACAAAAAUACUAUCACAAGGGCGCAUUUUAUUUGGAAAAUGAAGAUGUUUUUCAACGUGAUUAUACUAAAGCAACUCCAGACGAAGUGGCGCACAAGGAAGAUUUGCCCAAAGUGAUGCAAGUUAAAAAUUUCGGUCGUGCAGGGCAAACUAAAUGGACGCAUUUGGCAGAUCAAGAUACAUCAACGAAAGAUGUGCCUUGGAAUCAGAAAACGGAAAUUAAUAAGCGAACGAUAUCAAAAUUGGGUGGUUUACAUGGAGGUUUUGAUAAGCCCACAGCAAAGAAAAGGAAAUCAUAA